AUGGAGGUUAGAGCACUCUGCAUCAGACUGUUGAUGAAUGUAUUGAUGCUGCUGGGUGCACAAGUGCAGCAAAGUUAUCCUCAGACAGCUGAUGCAGCUUUUCGUAUUGUUCCAACCAGACUGCAGUUCUUUGAAUACGAGUCUGUGCAUUUUACCUGUGAGGGGUUUAAUGUCUCAGCUGGAUACAAAGUGAGAAACUUGAAGGAGUUCCUUCCAAAAUGUUCCAAUGGCACAGAGACAUCAACAGUGACCUGCACCAUUGACUUUGCAUUUACAUCAGACAGUGGAGAAUACUGGUGUGAAGGUGGAGGAGGGAGAAGCAACAGUGUCAACAUCACUGUCACUGCUGGUUCAGUGAUCCUGCAGAGUCCUGUUCAUCCUGUGAUGGAGGGAGAGUCUGUCACUCUGCGCUGCAGAAACAAGAUGUCAUCCACCAACCUUCCGACUGUCUUCUUCUAUAAAAACGGCAGCUACAUUGGACACAGCUCUACAGGAAACAUGACCAUCCGCAGUGUGUCCAAGUCUGAUGAAGGACUCUACAAGUGUUACAUUUCUGGAGCUGGAGUAUCACCAGAGAGCUGGAUGGCUGUCAGAGCUAAAUGUGGUGAUGUGAUCCUGGAGAGUCCUGCUCUUCCUGUGACUGAGGGAGAAGCUGUGACUCUGCGCUGUAGAAACAAGAAAACUCCCUCUGACCUCAGAGCUGGUUUCUACAAAGAUGGCAUCCUCAUCAGGAACAGCUCUACAGGAGAGAUGACCAUCAGCAGUGUUUCCAAGUCUGAUGAAGGACUCUACAAGUGCAGAAUAUCUGGAGCUGGAGAAUCAGUGGCAAGCCUACUGGCUGUCAGAGAGAUUAAUUUUUCCCGCCUCUACUACAUCCUGCUGUGGGUUGCUGUCGCUGUCAUAUUGUUCCUGCAGCUGCUGGUGUUGGGACUGCUCUGCUGGAAGAAACAGCUAGUCUUACUGGAAGCAAAGAUGUAUGACACAGGACCUGCAGACUGUCAUCAAAAAAGACAAGAAGACAAGAAGGAGAAUAAAGACGCUGCAGACGCUGCUGAUAAUGUGAGCCUCAACCACGGUGCAAAACCAGAGACGGAAAAAGAUGAGGGUGAAGCUUUGCCUUAAUCUUUUCAUUCCACUUUGACCUGUGAUGGCACUUUGCAAGCUCUCCAUUAUGAUCACUGAGGAAGAAACACUUCACUGAAGGAGCUGGAAGGACUGCUUACACCAUGCUAUAUGUCAAAGGAACUUUAAAGACUUUUAGAAAAAGUCUUUAAAAUGAACUUUGCUUGAAAUAACUUAAGUAUUUAGGGCUGCAACUGGUACAUAUGCAACAUAUGCUUGGUUGAAUAUUAUGCAGGUUUUUUUUAUAAUAAAUCUUCUAGUCACUAUUUGUAAAAAUAAUAGCAAAGGAAACAGCAACAUGUAACAAUAUUGUCAUUUUUAAGUGAUAAAUUAAGUAAAGAAAUGAAUAAAGAAAUAAGAUAAGCAAUGUGGGACAAUGGAUUGUUAAGCCCCGUCUUAUCAGGCUUUCAACCACCUCUCAUGUAAACUCAUCUGCAGCAAUAACUGACACCAAGAGCAGCUGAUGUAGUUUAAAGAGAGAUAAAGUCUGUGUAGGGUGGAGAGGAGGAGAGGUGGAUGGAUCAAACAAAACAAGACUUUCACAAAGGAGACCGCAGUUUGUGUCCUGUGUGAAACCAAAAUCCAUGCUGUUGCUGUAAUUUACGUAUGGUUAUUGUACACAGAUGUCACUCACAGCAUGUACUUCCUUCACGCUGCAUCGAUGUUACGUAACAGACAUGCUUAUUUGAUCCGAAAACAUAAUCUUUAGACCUUACUGUAACCAUUUCAUAAC